CUGACAUCCAGGUAAAGCGGCUGUUUUAUUAAACCUGAUCCUGCCUGUAGAUUCAUCUAUGUCUACUGCAGCCAUCUGACAAGGACAGGAGACUCAAAGUAGCUCUACAGUUUGAAAAUGCAUUGCACAAGAGUUCUCAGUGCCCUUGGGAGUCACCCCCAGCCAGGUGUGAUACCUGUUGACCUGGUCAUGUGUCUGAGCCUCAGCCAGCAUCAGCCUCUGUAUGAGCUGCUGUCUAACGCUUCUCUGAGACCAGCACAGCAAAGCUGUCAGCCAGCUCACCGUCUGCAGAGAGCUGUCAGCCUCCGCUCCUUACGCCGCUCCCCCUCUCACCGCCAUGCCUCACCUUCAGUUCUGCCCUCCUCCCAAGUGUCUUCAGGGCCACGGAGCUGUUUCCGCAGAGACAGCAGCGGUCAGACAAAGAAGCGUGUGGUGUUUGCAGAUGCUAAAGGACUGGCCCUCACUGCUGUGCACCUUUUUAUCCCAGACUCCUCUUUCCCUACUUCAACUCUUGUGAAGAAACCUGUCCCAGUCAGAUUCCAAGGCCAACAGUCGCCCUUAAACAAACUUUCGCAGCAGUCACCUUCAAACAAACUGCAGAGCUACAAGCUGAGGCUGGGUUUCCCUCAGCCAGUUCUGGACAUUUCUAUAGCACGCUUAAGAGAGAUGCGUGUACAAUUACAAAGCUGCCACAUUUCAGAAAACUCACUGAGUGGCAGAGUGCGUGUCUCCCAUGUCAGUACUGAAAAGGCUGUGCAUGUAAGGGUGACCUUUGACUCUUGGCGCAACCAUCAUGACAUUCCCUGCGUGUUCCUGCAGCAGCAGCGUUUUAAUAGUUCAGAGGUGGAUGUGUUUGCCUUUGACUUAAACUUACCCAAGAACAUAGAUCCAGGGGAAAGAAUCGAGUUCUGUGUGUGCCUCAGAACUGAAGCAACAACACAUUGGGAUGACAAUGAUGGACAGAAUUACAGGGUUUACAUCGAAAAAGACAGAGCUCAUGCUAACAAGGACAAUGCUAACUGUUAUUACUCUACGCUGUCUAAAUAUCAGCCAACAUCUUGGCCUUCACAUGUGUCCCUCAGUAUGAAGAACUAUGCUGACCCCCAGAGUAGCUUGUCAAGCAGGGUCCAGGGGAUUGGGAUGCUGCAUUCAGAUAGUUAA